AUGGAAGUAGAAGUGGUGAUAUACCUUAACAUUAAUAUAGAGAUAGAAGUAGUUGAGGAAACGGUUGUGAAAGUAGAGGAAAGCCAAGCAGAAGAAGACGAUGCAGCAAUAUCGAGUUUUUCGAUGCCUAUACAGCUCAAGAACUUUCUACAGUUCUCAAGCUUUAGGGGGCACCAAAAUGCUCACAAAAAAGAGAGAACAACUAGAAGAAACGCCAAGAGGGCUUCUGCUGAGCACUCGUAUCUUCUAUUUGCUUCUUCGCUGUGGACCCCUCCUACGGUUUUUCCUUCAACCUUCAUCACUGCGGCGAAUCUCGCGUAUUUCCCAAGCCGCCAUAUUUCAGAAGGAUUUGGAUCAAAUGGCGAACAUGAAUUUGCUGGAGAUAAUGGUGUGUUUCCUUACCGAUUAAGUGAGGAUAUUGAUGAGAGAAGUUUCGGUGAUUGGCAAAGAAGCCUUGGAAGAAGCAGUAGCUUCAACAGUGUUGACACUUGA